CCAGCACGAGACGAUCUCCAUUUCAAGGACGAAACAAGACAACAGGACACGAUUCCCAGCGGCAGCAGUUGAGGCCUCGCAGCCACAUCGACGGCGCAGACGAAGCUACACAAGGUAGCUAUGAAGAGUGGUUUGCAUUCCACGACAACUUUCAAUCAGUCAUACAUAACAAUAAUUCCUUGAGCGACGUUCAAAAAUUUCAAUACCUUAAGGCAUCAUUGACAGGCAAUGCUGCAGAGGUUAUAAGUUCAAUAGAAUUGUCCAACCAAAACUACGACAUAGCGUGGGAUCUCCUCAAGGAACGCUACAAUAACGUUAAAGUCUUAGUUCAAGCGCACAUCCAGGCUAUUUUUGAAUUGCCCACAAUGGUGAAAGAGAACGCGAACGAUCUGCGUCAAAUAGCAGAUGGUACGGCUCGACAUAUUCGUGCAUUGAAAGCUCUCAAGCGUCCAGCGGACACGUGGGACGACUUGAUUAUUUACAUAUUAAGUUCCAAGUUGAACUCAGGAACAGCGCGCCAAUGGCGAACGUCGCUCAAGGAAAGGGAAAUACCCACACUGAAACAAUUUAUGGCCUUCUUGCAUCACAGAUGUGAAGUGCUUGAAGCGCCUGUCAAGCCAGUUGGAGGCACGUCGACUCAGGGUCGCAUAAAUAUUAAAAGGCAGGGCACGCAUGCUGCCACAGUUAAGUCGCAGUGUAAUUAUUGCAAGGAAGAUCACUUAAUCUAUUACUGUGCGGAUUUUCUCAAAUUAACAAUUCCUGAGCGCAUAUCCAAGGCACGUAAGUUAAAAUUAUGUCUCAAUUGCUUGCGUUCGACAAAUCAUUCUGCCCCAACAUGCAAAUCGGGCCAUUGCAAGUUCUGCAGUGAGCGGCACAACUCGUUGCUCCAUUUAAAGGCAAAAGAAACCAACAAUUCUCAAUCUUCAAAUACGGCUUUAGAGCCGUCUCAGGUCGAGGCUAUCACUAAUUCUGUUACUACUUGCACGUCAACUUCGUGUAGCAGGAUCACGUUAUUAUCCACCGCAGUAGUGGACGUCUUGGAUCGAUACGGAUGCGGGCAGAGAUGCAGAACGUUACUAGAUAACGGAUCCCAAGCAAAUCUUAUAUCAAGCUCCUUUGUAAAAAGAUUACAACUUCCCACUCAGACAACAGACAUAGUCGUAUCGGGAAUUAAUGGUACAAUUAGCAAGUCGAGUCAUAUCGUACAAUUGACGUUUCAAUCGCGUGCCACCAAUUAUCGCACAAAUAUCAAAUGUAUUGUCACAGAUAAAAUAACAGAAAGGCUCCCAUCUCGAUCAAUAGACAAAUCCAAACUACAAGUACCCAGCCACAUAAGGUUAGCUGAUCCUAACUUUCAUGUUUCAGAUGAUGUUGAUUUGUUACUAGGAGUCGAAGUAUUCUGGGAAUUAGUCUGCCCGAAUCAAAUUAAGAUAUCACCCGGCCACCCAAUACUUCAACAAACUAAACUCGGGUGGAUCCUGGCAGGUGGAUUCACCACUAACAGUAAAAACUCCCAUGUAAACACGCUUCAUUUGUCCAUUACAAACGAAGAAUUGUCAAAUCAACUCAGCCAGUUCUGGCGCAUUGAGGAACCUCCGCAUCUAUCCGAUCCUUUUACCAUAGAGGAAAUGGAAUGCGAACAUCAUUUUACUCAGAACGUAACGCGCAAUCCUGAAGGACGAAUAGUCGUGAAGCUACCUAUCAAGGACAAUAAAGUAAAUUCGAUAAGCGAUACUAGAGCCAUUGCUUUACGUCGUUUCUACAAAAUAGAAAGGAAGCUUGAUUUUCGGCCAAUAUUGAAGCGUGAUUACGCCCAAUUUAUGCACGAGUACGUGCAAUUAGGUCACAUGACACCCAUCGAAACCGAGGAACCCGCGAACACUGAAUUGCCGGUUUUCUAUUUACCGCACCAUUGCGUGAUUAAGCCUGACAGCAGUAGCACCAAAUUGAGGGUCGUGUUCGAUGGUUCAUGCAAAGGUCCCACAGGAAUCUCACUCAACAAUGCCCUGAGAGUCGGGCCUGUAAUCCAACAGGAUCUUAUCUCUAUUCUGUUGCGCUUCCGCACUCUUCCGUUUGUUAUCACAGCGGACAUAAUAAAAAUGUACCGCCAGGUGCUCAUCGAUCCAUCUCAAACGCAAUUGCAGCGAAUAUUCUGGCGUGAUAACUCUUCUGAUCCACUUCAGAUUUUCGAAUUAAAAACCGUGACGUACGGAACCUCUUCCGCAUCGUAUCUGGCCACGAGGGCACUCAAAUAUCUAGCUGAUUUGUACAAAAAUGAUUAUCCGUUAGCUUCCCAAUGCAUGUUACGCGAUUUUUACGUCGAUGACGUGCUAACGGGUGGCACGUCAAUUGACGAAUGCAUAAGAUUAAGGGACGAGCUCAUUCAACUUCUUGGGAAAGGAGGAUUCCACCUCGCAAAGUGGGCCUCCAAUAACUGCCGCAUUCUUUCUGGGCUGCAUGACACAAUGGAAUCUAACUUGUCUCUUGACAAAACGCUCAACUGCAAGAUACUCGGAACACUCUGGAAUCCUUCGACUGAUUCAUUGCGGUAUAAUGCUCAAGAUACUGGCAAUCAUAAAUCUCUUACUAAACGUGAGUUGCUAUCAGAGAUAGCCAAGGUGUUUGAUCCUCUUGGGUUGAUUGGCCCUGUAAUAAUCAUUCCAAAAUUGCUGAUGCAGGAGCUAUGGCAACAAAAUCUACAGUGGGACGAGCCCGUUUUCCCAUCUAUUCUGUCGAAAUGGAGUCAAUUCAAGUCAGAAUUAGUCAGUCUAAAUACUUUAAGCAUAAGUCGUUGCGUAAAAUUCAGUAACGACACCUCGCAUCUCCAAUUGCAUGGCUUCGCUGACGCCAGCCAACGAGCAUAUGGCGCGUGCAUCUAUCUUCGCUCGUACACAUCAAAGGGCGAAUUUCGAACAGAACUAUUGUGCUCCAAGGCUCGUGUUGCGCCUCUCAAAGCAACUUCUCUUCCACGCCUAGAAUUGUGCGCAGCCAUGCUCCUCGCCCAAUUAGUCCACAAGGUAAGGUCGUCUGUCGAGCUGGCAAACGUCAAGCUUUUCCUAUGGUCAGAUUCGACCAUCACAUUAAACUGGAUCGCAUCCGCCUCCAGAAAAUGGUCAGUAUUUGUGGCCAACCGCGUCGGAGAAAUCCAGCGAUUGACUGAGAUUACUGACUGGCAUCACAUACAAUCAACACUAAAUCCCGCAGAUGUGUUGUCCCGCGGCCUAAAUUCUAAGGAACUAAUAACAUGCGAUUUGUGGUGGUCCGGCCCUCCCUUUCUCAAGCACAGGGAAUCAAAGUGGCCUGUCACUGAGACCACGCCGAAAAUUCAGGAAUCCGACAUGCCUGAGCUAAAAGGAGCAACCACGCUUUCUUCCACUAUAAGCCUAUUACCAAUCAGUUCGUUGUUGAAUAAAUUUUCUAAUAUCGACAAAAUAUGUCGCAUAGUAGCCUAUUGUCUAAGGGUCAUUAAGUUCCGUUUACGGGGCUCGUAUGUUAGCAAAUCAAUUACGCAUCAAGAAGCAUCCGCUGCAUUGAUGAUCAUUUGCCGCGCAGUUCAGCACAGUACAUUCUCACAAGAAAUUGAUUGUUUAAGGAAUAACCAACCAUUAAAAUCAUCAAGUCAUUUACUAUCUCUAUCGCCUUUCCUAGAUGAUAACAAUUUAAUAAGGGUAGGUGGGAGACUAAGGAAUUCCGAACUUUCCUACGAUGCGAAGCAUCCGAUUUUGUUGCCCAAGCAUCAUAUUUUAACUGAGCUUAUAAUAAAAAACACACACAUACGUAAUUUACACGCUGGCCUCCAAGGUACCAUGGCCGCGACUCGUCAAUUGUUCUGGCCUUUGGGCAUACGCUCUAUUACACGAAAAAUAAUCAAACAAUGCGUCAUCUGCUUCAAAUGCAAUCCAUCAAACUCCGUAGCUAAAAUGGGAAAUCUACCCGCUCCCAGAGUUAAGCCAUCUAGGCCAUUUACUACCUGUGGUAUUGACUAUGCGGGACCGCUGACCAUACGAGAUGGUAAACGACGAAACGCUCGUCAUAUGAAAUCAUACGUCUGCAUCUUUGUUUGCUUCGCGACCAAGGCUAUCCACAUUGAACUUGUGAGUGACUUGACCUCCGACGCCUUUCUUGCGGCCUUGAGGCGAUUUGUAUCUCGAAGGGGCAAGCCCAGUUCUAUUUUUUCGGAUAACGGCACCACCUUUGUUGGUGCGUCUCGACAAUUAUCAGAAAUCUAUGAAUUUUUACGAAAACAAGAAGUAAAGGAUAGUAUCCAUAAUUACGCGCAGGACUCUAAAAUAUCGUGGACCUUUAUACCUCCCAACGCCCCCCACUUCGGCGGAAUUUGGGAGGCAGGAGUAAAAUCGAUCAAGUUUCACUUAUAUCGAAUAGUAGGGACCGUUGCCUUAACCUUUGAGGAAUUACAAACGACUUUAUGCGAAAUCGAGGCAAUCCUCAACUCCCGUCCUUUGAUUCCUUUAAGCACUGAUCCAAAUGAUCUCAGUUUUAUUUCUCCUGGUCAUUUCCUUAUUGGCGACACACUUAACAGUCUUCCGUGCCACAGCUUGGAGAAUGUCAACAUGAAUAGACUCACUAGAUGGCAGCUCACUGACCAACUCCGACAGCAUUUUUGGAGGCGCUGGAGCCAAGACUAUCUGCACCAAUUACAGCAACGGCACAAAUGGCCCACCUCAAAGGGCGAUCAGCUGAAGGUGGGACAACUUGCCCUGAUAAAACAACCCGGACUUGCUCCACUUCAAUGGCUGAGGGGUCGAGUAGAGAAGAUCCAUCCAGGAGAGGAUGGCAUAGCCCGCUCAGCUACUCUACGAACCAACAAGGGAACACUCGUUCGACCAUUGUCGCGAUUGGCUAUCUUGCCAACAGAAGAAUGUAGCAAUAUUUUGUCUAAGACGCUGUAAAGCCUUGCUUAUUCUUAAUUAUUAUUUUUAUGUCAAGUUAUGGCAGUUCAUUUUGCCUUAUUUUGUAUUUUAGUUAUUUCCACUAUUGUAUAAUUACUGAGUUACGAACUAACUUUGCGUUUCGUAUUGUUUUUCAUUUUUUGAAAGAGCUCCUUUCAAGGCGGGCGGUGUACGAUAAAUUCAUUUCUUCGCGCAGUUAUUAUCGGCCGCAGUAUGACAGGUUCGUUCUCUGUCACUCAAUGGUUAUCGACUGCAUCCAUCGAUCGGUCGCUGGCUCGCGCAUGUUCGUGGGACUUCGGUCUCUCUCGUCGUUUACCCGGCUUCUUCGGCGCGCGCAUCUCUCUCUAGAAAGCUCUCUUAUAUAUCCACGUCGCAACUCGACACGUGUAGGAAACGCUCAUUUUAAUAAACCACCAUAAGAAAAUUACGAACAAGUUUUUGGGUCUUAAUCAAACACGCCCUACAUCGAACCAGCAAACAAAAGUUAUCAUUAAGCAAAACAGUUGUCAUGUUGAACUUACAUACUAGUUGCAGUGUUGCAAUGUUUAGUU